CUGAGCAACGAAGACGCACGAGCGGGAUACUGAUGGCCACGGUACGGCAGGGGGAUAUGUGUUGAGGAAAAGAAAAGACUUGGGCGUUGUAAACAAGGCGAUAAGUGCUACAGAGGACACUCUUCGGACCUUAAACACCCCAGUGUGCCGCUGUUUCUUCUCUGCUCCCUGCCUUUUAAAACUUGGGUGAUAAAAAGCACGAAGAUGCCCUUACUUCUGGGCCCCUUUGUCCGCUGUAGGUUCAGCGCAACGCUCCUCGUGCUCUGGCUCGUCUUCGCUGGCUUCACCUGCACUGGCUCCGAGCACGCAACAGCAACACUUCCUGCCGCCUUCUCGGACCUGUUACCUCACUUCCUGGUGGAGCCGGAGGACGAGUUCAUCGUGAAGAACAAGCCGGUGACACUGACCUGCCGCUCCACCCCGGCCACGCAGAUCUACUUCAAGUGCAACGGCGAGUGGGUUCACCAGGAUGACCACUUGAUCGAGCGGACCGUUGACCCAGCCACAGCGCUGCCAAUCAUGCAGGUGACGAUUGACAUAACCAGACAGCAGGUGGAGAAGAUCUUCGGUCUCGACGAGUACUGGUGUCAGUGCGUCGCCUGGAGCACCACGGGAACCCAGAAGAGCCAGAAAGCAUACAUCCGGAUCGCUUACCUGAGAAAGAACUUUGAGGAGGAGCCGCAGGGUAAAGAGGUGGCAUUGGACCAGGAGGUGUUACUGCGCUGCCAUCCCCCUGAGGGAAUUCCACAAGCCGAGGUGGAGUGGCAGAGAAAUGAGGAUGUGAUCAACCCAGUGAGCGACCCCAAUUUUUUCAUCACAACUGACCACAAUCUCGUCAUCAAAAAAGCCCGACUGGCAGACACGGGCAACUACACAUGUGUGGCCAAAAACAUCGUUGCUCGACGCAAAAGCAACUCCGCCACAGUCCUAGUCUAUGUCAACGGCGGCUGGUCCACGUGGACCACCUGGUCGUCCUGCAGUGCUGUGUGUGGGCGUGGCUGGCAGAAGAGGAGUCGGAGCUGCACCAACCCCACGCCACUGAAUGGAGGCACAUCCUGUGAGGGGCAGAACGUCCAGAAAAGUGCCUGUGUGGCCACCUGUCCAGUGGACGGAGGUUGGAGCGAGUGGAGCAAAUGGUCGGCAUGCGGAGCAGACUGUUCAAUGUGGAGGAGCAGGGAGUGCACCCAGCCCUCACCUGGCACCGGGGGCAAAGACUGCCAGGGGCUUGACCUCCAGUCUCUCAACUGCACCAGCGAGCAGUGCCCACAGACUGUGAGCGGGGCUGAGGACGUGGCGCUCUACGUGGGCAUGGUGGCGGUGGCUCUGUGUCUGACCCUGCUGCUCAUCGUCGUGGUCCUGGUCUACCGGCGCAAGAAGGAGGACCUGGAUGCAGACGUGGCGGACUCCUCCAUCCUCACCACUGGCUUCCAGCCCAUGGGCAUCAAGCCCAGCAAGCCAGGUGUGUGGGCACCGCGGCCACGCAGGCCUCCCCCCCACAGCAAGAAUUCCCAUUUGCUCACCAUCCAGCCUGAUCUAACCACUACCACCACCAGUUACCAAGGCACACUACGCUCUCGCCAUGACGCCACUGGGAAGUUUUCAAUGACCAACGGGCCUCUGCUGGACCCGCUUCCCAACGGCUCACACACUCUGCACAACGGCAAGCUUAACUCAGACCCUUCUGAGUUUGUGAGCAGGCUGUCCACUCAGACCUACUUUAAAACGCUGCCACGUGAUGUAGCAAACACCUCCUACGGGACCUUCAACUUCCUGGGAGGGAGGCUGACGAUUCCCAGCACAGGAAUCAGUCUGCUCAUUCCUCCCGAGGCCAUCCCCAGAGGAAAGAUCUAUGAGAUUUAUCUCACUGUUCAGAGGAAGGAAGAUUUAAGGUUACCCCUGGCUGGCUGCCAGACCCUGCUCAGCCCCGUUGUGAGUUGUGGCCCUCCAGGGGUGGUCCUGAGCCGGCCAGUUAUCCUCAGCAUGGACCACUGCUCUGACGCAUGCCUCGAUAACUGGGCCGUCCGCCUCAAGAAGCAGAACUAUGAGGGCACUUGGGAGGAUGUCCUGCUGAUGGGGGAGGAGCUAGUGUCGGAGCCCUAUUACUGCCAGCUGGAGGCUGAGACGUGCCGGCUUUUCUCGGAGCAGCUGGGCACCCUCGCCCUGGUGGGAGAGUCCCUGCACAUGGGCGCUGCCAAGCGCCUGAGGCUGGUGCUCUUCUCUGACGCAUACUGCUCCACGCUGGAGUACAACAUCAGGGUCUACUGCAUGGACGACACACAAGAUGUGUUCAAGGAGGUGAUGCAGAUGGAGCGGCAGCUCGGGGGUCGGCUGAUUGACGAGCCUCACGUCCUGCUUUUCAAAGACAGCUACCACAACCUGCGCCUGUCCAUCCACGACAUGCCCCAGGCGCACUGGAGGAGCAAGCUGUUAGCCGGCUACCAGGAGAUCCCGUUCUACCACAUCUGGAACGGUUCCCAGCGGUACCUGCACUGCACGUUCACUCUGGAGCGGCUCAGCCUCAGCACCUGCGAGCUCACCUGCCAGCUGUGCGUGUGGCAGGUGGAAGGGGAGGGACAGAGCUUUAGCCUCGACUUUAACAUUGCCAAGGACACCCGGGCUGUGGACUCUGAGUUCCUGCUAAUGGACAGUAACGCCACAGCUCUGGCAGGGCCCAGCGCCUUUCAGAUCCCGUACCUCAUCAGGCAGAAGAUCUGCAGCAGCUUGGAUGCCCCCUGUCCCAACGGAGCCGACUGGAGAAUGCUAGCACAAAGACUUAAACUUGAGAGACACAUGAGUUUCUUUGCAUCCAAAGCGAGCCCAACCUCUGUGAUCCUGGACCUGUGGGAGGCACAACAUUUCCACAGCGGCAACAUCAACCAGCUGGCCACGGUCAUGGCUGACAUUGGCAAACAAGAAGCCAUGAUAUUCCUGGUCUCUGAUGGCGAGUGCUAACCCAGAAAACAGGGGAAAGACUGGUGCAGAGGAAAAGUACAGAACAUAACACACAAAAACAACAAUUACAGCAGCGGGAAUCGAAGAGCAGAGCUGUCUCCAUGUCCCUCUUCUUCACUUUAGAAGAUGUUAAAGGGUUUAUGUAGGAUUGAGUCCCUAUAUCCCAUCGAAUAGAGUUAAAAUCCUUAAAGGCAUGCUAUGCAGGAAUUGUCGCUAACUGUUUGUAAACACAAUAUCCAAACUUUUAACCCUGAAAGUCAAAGAAAACCACAGAUUUACUCUCGUUUCAGAGCAAGCUUUGUCUGAUGUGUCGCCAUUUUUGUAGCUUCGUGCCCAAAGGGUGGCGCCCACAAAUGUGCCGAAAAAAGAAAAGAGAGAAUACAGGCAGAGGGCUGGGUCUCUGCCACAAACGCCUAGUGGGUCAAAAGUGUUGACUGAGAGGGAUAAUUUUUGUAUUUUUGAGUCUAAACAUAUUAUUUUUCGCAAACUCCUGCAUAGUAUACCUUUAAGUGGCAGACCAAAUGAGAGUUUGGGUGUGUGGGAAAUGUAUUCAUGAACUCAGUAAAGAAAAUACCCUUUAUUUUCCAUCAAAGUUUGAAGUUAAAUUAGUCAACACCCUGGUUCUACUUUCAAGAUAACGUUAAAUUAACUUCAUGCCUUUUAUAUAUAAAAUAGGCCAUUUAUGGCUAAUAAGGAGCAAUAUGCAAACGCAAUGCUUUUACUGAUGGCCAAUAUUGCAAAUUCAAAGAAUAAUUUUUUAAUUAAAAAAUGACAUAUUAAAUAUUAAAUUAAAGGGAUGUGAAAAAAGGUGCCAGUCAUUUCAGGUUAAAGAGAGCAGACGACAUAUGCAAUUGGCAGGUUCAUUACGACAUUAUCUCAGAAACUGAACACAUUUUCAUCAAGGUCAUCAGGGUCUGUGAACGUCCCCUCCCAAACCCACUAUAUGUGUCGUUAUCUGUUUCUUUAAAACACACACACAGACAGCUUGUAGCACAUCCUGGACUUGCAGGUCUUAAAAUAGAUUGUAUGUCAGAGGCCCAAAAUCCCGUCUCAUCUUGUUUGUGUUUUAGUUCAGCCGGUAUCACUACUGUGAAUGUAACAUCUUGACAUCUUGAUUCAGUGAGACGCUUCGCAGCUUCCCUGCUUCUAAAUCAAUAUAUGUGGGGUUUGGAUUCUUUGAACUUUCUUUUUGAGGGAGGAGUGAGUAAUCUCUUCACUAAAGUCAUAUUUCAGAAGCCAUUUCUAUUCAAGCCUGUGAUUUUGAUCAGUUUAUUUCACGUCUUGUAUUUUCCCCAAUUAUUCAUUGUGGCGUUUUUCUGUUUCAAAUUCCACCACUAAUGAAGGAGCCAUAGGGCCGAAAGCCGAUCCAGCUGCAUAUAUGUGAACACUGAAUGUCGUCAAAACUCAUUUCUGAAAUGACAUUU